AUGGACAUGCGCGGGAAGCGCGAGUCUGGAGCUGGUGGUGGCGGGGCUGACCGCAGUCUCUCAUCGGCAAGGAGCAAGCGCGACUCGUCGGCCACAGAGUCUACCGAUGACCGCCUCUUUGGCGGCGUUGCUGGAAGCAUCUCGUUGGAGCAGGUGGCGACAGUCUCACUCGAUGCGGCAGUCGCUGCUCUCCUUGCCUCGCCCGAGGUUGCCCGCCUUGGCAUUUUCCUUGCGCCGCAGGACCGCCGGAUGAUCCACACCCUUGGCUCCUCGCUGGCAGAGCUUGUCGCCAGCCACGUGGCCGACAUCCAUGCCGAGCUCGCGCAGGAGGACGCCGUCGCUCGCGCCGCCGCUGCCGCCUCCUUGUCGGGCGCGCCGGCGCGCUCGCCGCGCUCGCCGCACAACUCCUCGCCCAAGUCGGGCAAGUCGGGCAAGUCGGCCCGUCCAUCACCAUCCCGCUCCUCUGCCCGCAAGCGUCAAGACAAGCGCCGCUCCGACGCCCCGAGGCCUGCCGCUGCGCCUGCCGCCGACCACGACGCUCAUGAUGCUGCGCCUCGCCCACCAGCUCCUACCGUCUCACCUGAGCGCCUGGCAGCCGCUGUUGAUGCCAUCGUUGACGAGCUGCUGGGCCCGGCUUGUCGCCCGCUGGGGCUUCUUCAGUUUGACGGCCUUGACGACGCGGUCGCCACUGUCGAGACUGCACUCCGCGGUGCCGACCUGCACCUCGAGGCCGUUGACCUCAAGCUCCUCUCACUCGCCGCCAAGCCGCAAGCAUGGCAAGUCGGCUCGUGGCCCAUCGAGCCCAUGCCCGAGCGCCCUGGCGCAGCAUCGCCCGACUCGGACGGCGCGCAACAGAGCCCGGAACAGUGGGAGGCUACUCACGUUCCGCAGCCAGAGCCGACCACAGGCGUCCCGCCUGCUGUCACGGCUGCUGUAUCGCUCGCGGUCCUUCGCGCCUGUAUGCGCGCGGCGCCGCAGCCUGUCCCGCGACUUCCGGGCCUGCCGUACCUCGACUGGCUCGCCGCCCGCUUCUCCACCACCGCCCGCGUUCCCAUUCCGGUCAUCCCGCUCGUCUCCGCUGGCCUCACCACUGGCGCCAAGUUCCGACAGCGGCGAGUCUGGCUUGUCCCGCGCACACCCAAAGCCAAUCUACUCUCUGUCGUGCCCGACGUCUAUGCUGCCUUUGGCGCCGCGCUCGCCGACCGCAUGGGCGCCGCCUUUGGCAUCGCAUCGCCCGCCAACGGCUACCUUCCCGCCAAGCUCGACUCUCUCGAUGGCGUCGUCUCGCUCCUCGAUGAGGCUGCAGUGGCCGUUGCGAGUCCGCCUGUCCGCGCACCUCCGCGUCCGGGCCCGGCCCUCAAGCUCUGGGUCGAGGCCGAGCCCGAUGCCGCCUACAUUGCCCGCAUCCGGCGCUACGACGUCUCCGGUGCUGCGUCCUGUGGCCUGCUCCCGACUGGGGUUGGCUCGAACUCGUCGUCGUCCAAGACGCAGCUCCGCUCGGCCGCUGACCUGCUCAGCGUUUACAAGUCCAAGGUCCUCAACACGGACGCCGUCACUGGUAUCAUCCAGCCGUUUGCUACCGCCGACGACGACGGCUAUGCGCUCACGGCGGCGGACCCUGGGUUCUGCGUCGCGGUCUCGACCGCGCCCGGAGCCGCGACGUCGCCGGCAUCGGCCACAAGCAUGUCACCGCGAUUUGCUGACGACGACCAUGCCCUUGUUCGUGUCCGCAGCAGCGGCGGGACUUCAAGCAACGCGUCAGUCGCCUCUAACCGCUCCACAAGCGGUUCGCGUCGGCGCCGCAAGCCCAGCAGUCGCGCUGUCGGCCACGACGAGCCGGCCUCGCCCAGGUCUCCGGUCACUCCAACCUCGCCUAUGUCGUCCAAGAGCCGUCGCUCGCGGCGUGCCCGCAAGUCGGCUGCCGCCAGCAUCGUCGACGGCGCCCCGCCGCCCAAAAUUAGCGCCCCGCCGCCGCUCUCCAACCUCGCCCGCGACGCCAAGGCCCAGACAGGCACCGCGCCCGACGAGCCGGCGGCGCUCUUUGGCCGAUCCACAAAGCACCCGCGCAAUCGCAGGCACGUUGUUGCACCAAGCCACGCCACCGCAGGCACCAACUGGUCGCAGCCGGAGCACCAGGUCCAAGUCGCCAACAAGUACUCGGUCGUCACCCUUACGCUCGCGUCGUGCGCAACAGUCUCGGCACUCAUGCGGACCGUCGCUGAGCUGCACGAGCGCGGCCGGUCGGUGGCUCUCGACCUCGGCCCGGACCAGAUCGCCAGCGGCAAUGGGCCCGAGUUGAUGGAGCUUGCCGCCGCCGCAGGUGUCGACUACGUCGUCCUCGGUGCGCUCUCGGACCCUCAUGCUGCCGCAGCCUACGCCCGCCUCCUCGAUAUCGCCACCGCUGCUGACGCCAUGUAG